AAAACAAAGCAGUUUCAAAAUCUGGACCAACACAAGCACAAGAAUCACAAGAUGAAUAUGAAGAAGAUGAAGAAGACGAAUUGAUGAUGGAUAUGAGUAUGUGCGAGAGUGAUCUUAAAUUCAACGAAGUUGUGAUGCGACUCGCAAAUCCUAGGAUCGUGAGGGCAUGCGGCUUAGCUUUAUCAAAUUUCAGCAAGAACUCUGCCCUCACCAAUCACUGCAUCAUCAAGCUUCUGCACAGAAUCGCCUUUGACUGCAGCAUGUCAACGAUGCUCUUCCAGGUCUCCAUUUUUCGCAUCUUCGAACGCAUCUACGAGGAGAAAGUGUUACCCCAGAAUAAGGAAAUGGUUAAAUUUGCGAGUUACGUGAUCCGGCAAUUCUUCCAAGUGGCGGAGAAGAACCAGCACGUCUUCAUGGAAGCGCUUUUCUGGAAGAACCACCGGGAAGCGUUCGAUAUACAGGAGGGUUACGGAGUCUACUUCCAAAAACAAAGCGCGGUCAAAGCAUGGACCGAUAUGGAGGAGGACGAGCUGCGUAAGCUGUUCAUCGAGCACCGGGAGAAUCUGAUAGAGGAAGACGUGGUGGAUUGGAUCGUGAGCAAUCUGAUCGACAAUACGCGGACGCGGCGCGUCGUGCUGAAGAAGCUGAAGGAUAUGUGCCUCCUUAUCGACUACAAGGGUCCUCGUAAAUCCGGCAUUAGCGGGAAGGCUCCCAAGCAGUGGGGAGAGGACGAGGAGGCGCAAUUACAGGAGCUGUACGAGGAGUUUAAGGACGCAAUGGAUCCCCUCAACUGCAUUAUGCCCCGCUUGGAUGUCCACCGACCGAAAAAUCGAAUCAUCGAGAAGCUCCUCGUCAUGGGCUUGGUUCAGGACAGAAAGGAGCUGCGCAAGAAGCGUUCCAACAAAUCGCAUCAGCAGCACGGAAGGAGCGAUGAGGAUGGCAGCAGCGAUUCGGAGUCGGAGAUGUCUUCGGAGCAACGAAACCGUUCUAAUCCCGACGGUCUCAAGUUGUCCGCAAAGAAGAAAACCAACAAGAAGAAGAAGAACAACAACAAGAAAGAAAGUUCUGGUCACGCGCGGCGUGCCUCCGUCCGGGAUCUUUCCGCGACGCUCAUAAGUCUGAUGGCAGCAGGAGAGCACGCAGAUGCCCUGGGGUGGCUGAAGGAAAGUUUCGAGGACGCCAUCGAGGAUUUGGAUGAUGAUGCCGACGAGGGGGUGCCGCUGGUGCCGAUCAUGGAUCAGCAAGUCGCCGCGAUGGAUUCCGAGGAAUUCAAAGGUCUGCUGCGUGGAUUGGGGAUCAGCGAGCCUUCGGAUGAGCAGGAAACAUAUUGGAGGAUGCCCCCUUCGUUAUCAAUGAAAACGAUGAAAGAAAACUGCGAUUUGAUUGCGAAAGCCUUAGAUAAAACACUCACAGUUCCGGAAAUUGAGGAAGAAGAACCAAUAGAGGAACCUCAGCAGGAAAGACCUGUCGAUUCAUCAUCCGACGAUGAAGACGUUUUUGACCGUUUAAAGCGUUUGAGACAGGAACCAGUUAACGUUAGCACUCCGCCCAAAUUGGAAAAGAAGAGAGAGUUGACGCACGAAGAAACCAUGGCGGAGGUCGUUAAAAGCGUGAAAAUCAACAAGAUCAAAUCUAAACUAUCCGAUCUAUCCAAAAAGCGCGCCGUGAAUAAAGCCAUGUCGCUGAUUGAUUUUGAAAAUGAUGAUGAUGACGUCGAGGAAGAACCUUCAUCGAGCAAACCAAAGAGAAGGAUCAGAGCUAUGGAUUCUAGCGAUGACGAGGAAACGGACGAUAAGACUGAAAUGGUGGGACCGGACGAGAGCAACAGGCUCAGUUUUAAACCGUCGAGGAUCUUGGAUUACGACAGUGACGAUGACACCAGCAAGGUUGAAGGUGAAAGCAACAAUGAGAGACCGUUCAAAACGAUGCAGGGUCUGGAGAGCGAUAGCGAUGAGGAUAUUGCAGUUUCGUCCAAGAGGAUUGGAGGAAGAAGUCAAAUAUUGGAUAGCGAUGAUGAAGAAAGUAAUAAGAGAAGCAGAUCCGCUUCAGAUACGGAGGAUAAACCGAUUGUUAAGAAGGCCAGGGUCAUUGCCAGCGAUGAUGAAGAUUAAUACUGUUUUUGCAUUUAUAUUGUAAAGAUUUUGUUUUAUUAAUAAAGAU